AUGACCUUCAUCAAAACAAAAGAUCCUGUGGAGACAAAUAACAUUAAAACUAUCACAACUGUUCUGGCAAUAAAUACCCCUAUUAUAACAGGUGCUAUAGCAACAAGCCCACCUUUCACAACAGGUGUUAUGGCAAAAAUCACUCCUACCACAACAGAUGUUAUAGCAAAAAAUCCUAUAACAGAAGCCAUGACAAUAAGUACCCCUAUCUUAACCAAAGCUAUGGCAACAAGCACUCCUAUCACAACAGAUACAAUGGCAACAAGUACCGCUGUCACAACAGUUGCUUUGACAAUAAGCACUCCUAUCACAACAACAGAUGCUACGGCAUCAAGUACACGUAAAACAACAGACGCUAUGGCAACAAGAUCCCCUAUCACAAUAGAUUUUAUGGCAACGAGCACCCCUAUCAGAAAAGCAGAUGCUACAGGAGCAAGUACCACUAUCACAACAAAUACUAUAGCAACAAGCACACCUAAAACAACAGGUGCUAUGACAAGAAGCACUCCUUUCACAAAAACAGAUGCUAUGGCAGCAAGCACCUAUAUCACAAGAAAUGGUAUGGCAACAAGUGCAACUAUAACAGCAAUGGAUGCCACAACAGGCACACCCUUAACCACGGCAACAGGCACACCCAUAGCCACGGCAACAGAUGCCAUGACAACAGGCACACCCUUAACCACGGCAACAGAUGCCAUGGCAACAGGCACACCCUUAACCACGGCAACAGGCACACCCAUAGCCACGGCAACAAGUGCACCUCCAGCCGCAGGUGCCACGGCAUCAGGACCGCCCGCAGCCACGCCGACGACCGCGACCGAGUCUCCGCCUCCUGCCUCCGCCGCCCGCCGCACAGCUGCGGCGAACCUCGAGGCGAGAGGAGCUUCCGAGCAGCCAAGGGGCCCAGCUGCGCAGCUCUCCUACAGGUCAGCUCUCCUACGGGUCAUUUCACCUACAGGUCAGUUCACCUACAGGUCAGCUCUCCUGCGGGUCAGUUCACCUACAGGUCAGCUCUCCUGCGGGUCAGUUCACGUACAGGUCAGCUCUCCCACUACCCUCACCGCUUCCUGCAGGAUCAGUGAUGCUGCUUUCCUGUUUUCUUCUGUUUGGCAAUGUGCCAUCCUUCCUGCCUGGACGCCCUUCGUGAUCAGCCGUGGUCAGCGGGGAUUCGAACGCUCCUCCAUUCCCCCGGUAGGCCAGCGCAAAGCCACGUUUAGGGUACCACCAGGGGCGGCUGUAGAGGAAAGGGAGCAUCUAUUGAACCUCCAGAGGCGAAAAAUGAGGACUUUUAAGCCGAAGCAAGGAUCCUCAAAGGAAAAAAGUGAGACAAAAUAUAACACCAGUACCGGUGAAGAUAGUCAUUCUUUGAAGGAGACCAUUAACGGAUUACCUCGCACAUUGUCUGUGAAACAUAUUACAGCCAAGGCUUUGGAAUAUCUUGUGAAGGCCUCAUUGAAUCCAAAGACUAGUAAGACUGAUUCCUGGGUUGAUCUGCUCAGCUUCAAGUCACCUAAUGACGAGAGAAUCGCCAGGGUUGCAUUUGGCAUUAAUUUGCAAGAACAAAAUAAGAUAUUAGAACAAAUGACUACCUGUAAAACAUUGCAAGCAGGGAGCAAAAAGUCAGAUCAUUUCUCGUUAGAAAAUUAUAUUACGUCAGCUAAUGUCACAUAA